AUGGGGCUAGCAAAUUUACGUGUCGCGAAGACUCUGAUGAGACUUCUGGCGAUAUGGCAACUUUUGAUUGUAGCAGCCACAGCCAAUAAUAAUACUAAACGGUUAGAAACUACGUCGUUGUUGACAUGCAUGGACAACUCACAGUUCACCGCGUCGUACUUUGACGUCAAGUUUUACCCUUCGAACUCGAGUGUCGUGUUUAAUGUCGACGCGACGACGACGAUAUCGGAGAACAUUACCGCGAAAUUCCAAGUCAUUGUCUAUGGGCUCAAUAUCAUGGAAAAAGAGAUCAAUUUGUGUUCGUUGGGUCAAAAGGCCCUGUGUCCUCUUAGUGCCGGUCGUAUUGAUGUCAGUUCAAGUCUGACGAUCGAUACAUCAGUUAUUGGCGAUAUUCCCGGCGUGGCUUACACGAUUCCAGAUUUGGAUGCUCAGGUGAGAGUAUUGGCUUAUGCAACGAGUGACACAAAUUAUGAGACUCCUCUUGCGUGCGUGAUUGCCUUUUUGGACAACGGGAGAACCGUGCAAACCAAAUACGCAGCGUGGCCCAUCGCGGCCAUAUCAGGUGUCGGUGUCCUGACCUCUGGUCUCGUUUCUGUCAUGGGUCAUUCGACAACUGCUGCCCACAUCGCUUCAAACUCCAUCUCGCUUUUCAUAUAUUUCCAGAACCUUGCCAUCACGUCAAUGAUGGGUGUGGCGCGGGUUCCCCCAAUUGCAGCGGCAUGGGCGCAGAAUUUCCAAUGGUCCAUGGGGAUCAUUAAAGUAAAAUUUAUGCAAGACAUCUUCAAUUGGUACGUUCAAGCAACUGGCGGUUCAUCGACUGUCGUUGUAGCGAACAAAGAUGUUUUAUCGAUUGCCGUUCAGAAGAGAAAGGUCAAGAGAGCUGUCGUCGAAGGCGCAAAAAAUCUUUAUAAAAGAUUUACCCUCUCGACUUCGUCAGACUUUGAUUUGAGCAGUAUUCUCAAUGAGCCAUCUCUCUACACCACCAAUGAAAGGAACUCCACCAAUUAUGCUUCCAAGACUCUUGUCCUUCACGGCAUUCAAAGAGUGGCCUACAAAGCCCAGAUUGAGCUCUCAAAUUUCUUCCUGACUGGAGUUGUCUUUACCUUUUUCUUUGUCUUUGUCGUGAUAGUGGCUUUGAUGUUUUUCAAGGCACUUGUAGAGAUUUUGACGAGAGCACGCGUUAUGGCCGAGACUUCCAGGUUUCAUGAGUAUCGGAAGAGUUGGGGAAACAUCAUCAAAGGUACACUGUUUCGGCUAUGCAUCAUCGCAUUUCCUCAACUCUCGAUUCUAAGCAUUUGGGAAUUUACACAGCGUGACUCGCCGGCCGUGGUUGUAGUAGCAGUUGUGGUUUUGGCCGUCGUUGGUCUUCUCCUACUAUAUGGUGUUGUGAGGGUCAUAGUAAGAGGAAGAGAGUCUUUGAAGCUUUACAAGACUCCCGCUUAUCUUCUAUACGGGGACGCGAACUUUUUGAAUCGCUAUGGGUUCCUCUAUGUUCAGUUCAAAGCUGACAUGUACUGGUGGCUAAUACCCUUGUUGGCCUAUUUACUUUUGAGAUCUCUCUUCGUUGCGGUACUUCAGGAUCAGGGACGUGCUCAAAGCGUCGUGGUUUUUGUCAUCGAAGUCGUCUAUUUUGUGGCAAUUUGCUGGGUGAGACCUUACCUUGACAAAAGAACCAACGCUUAUAACAUCGUUAUUCAUCUGGUGAAUUUCCUCAAUUCCUUGUUCUUCCUCUUUUUCUCGAACAUCUUCAAGCAGCCUCAAAUCGUCUCAUCUGUCAUGGCCAUCAUAUUGUUCGUCCUGAAUGCAGUUUUCGCGCUAUUUCUAUUGAUCUUUACGAUUGUCACUUGCGCUUUGGCUUUGAUAUACAAGAACCCUGAUGCACGUUACCAACCUAUGAAAGACGAUCGGGUCUCAUUUAUUCCCAAGGUUCAAACAAACGGUGCUGCUUCGAAGUCGGAGACGGAACUUUUCGAGCUGGGCAAAGCUGCGAUGGUUACAAACGAAGCAAAGGACUCUUCUGGAAAUUUGAGCAGCUCUUUGAAUCAAAGCAGUAGUAGUGGCGGCAGAAGACUUUUGUUCGCUGAUGAGAUGGACGACUCCUCAGAGUACGUCGGACUCAAUAAGGAGGAAGGCCGGGGAGGCAAUUUUAAUAACCAGAAGGAGACAGAGCCAGUACAACCCACUUCAGCUGUAUUGGGCGGUGGGGGGUUUAGCGGCGCUUAUCAAAAAGUUCCCACAGCGCCAUCUAGCCGUGGUGGUGCCCAAAACUUGAGAGCACCAGAGAGUUCUUUUAUGAAUCACAGCAACACAUCCUACCAGGGCUUUACAAACGAUAGGAAUCCUUACUCGAAGGGGAACUCUUAUUUGUAG